UCGACGAGUUUCAAGGUCAAAGGAUUUCAUAAGCAACAUGCCGGAUGAAAUUCUACUGAUGAUAUUGUCUCUAAUGCCCUUAAAGGAUGCUGUGGCCACUGGGAUUCUGUCUAAGAGAUGGAUAUCCGUAUGGUGCAACUUAAUCCAUCUCAGCAUCGAUGGUGGUGAACGGUUAGACAAGAUAGUCAUGAUUCCAAUGCUGCGUGAUCAAGUGCGAUCAAUGUACAUCAAAAAGGUGAAUAGUAUCAUUAAACAUCACAACGCUCCUCUUCUUCAAGAAUUUCGGAUUUGUUUCGACUUGGAUUGUAGAAAUAAACAUGCUAUCGAUUAUUGGCUCCACUUUGCGAUGAAGAAGAAAGUUCAGACACUUGAACUGGAUUUUAUGUACCACCUCAAGUAUCGUAUGUCUGAUGAAUAUUAUGACUUUCCAUUACAUUUUUUGACCAAAAAUGCUAGAAUAUUUUUGAAGCUACAUUACUUGAGAAAACUGGUUUUGAAGGGUGUUAAUGUGAGAGAAGCAAUCCUGCAGAAUAUACUAAGAACUUCUCCACAUCUUGAAACACUAUUUGCCCAUAACUCAGGAUUCAUGGCACAUGUUUUAGUUGGUGGGAAAGCUCUUAAACUGAAACAUUUUGAAAUAAAAGGUUGUUCUAAUAUACGAUCGAUUUAUUUAUAUGAGUUUGACCUUGUAUCGUUCACCUACAAGGGUCCAGCAAUAGAUUUACGUCUAGGUCAUCUUCCAAAAAUGAAAGAACUUGAUAUUUGCCAAGGAGCUGAAGGGUUACAAAAUAAUAUAUUCAGACAGAUCGCAUCUUGUGUUUCAUACAUCCAAGUUCUUUCCCUCAACAUAUUACAGACGGAACGUCUGAUGCUUAAUUCCAUUCCUGAACUACCAAAUGUGAAGAAAUUGAGGCUCACAAUUGGAGCAUAUAAUGAUAAAUGCUUGCUACGUUUCACUUACAUAGCAAAUGCAUGUCUAUCUUUGGAGACCUUCACGAUUCAGCUACUUUGGGGGUCACCCAUCUGGAGGAAGAGGAAAGCAAGGCAUUUUUCGACUCCUACUCGUCCCUAUAACAACCUAUGUCUACUUGAACUCAUGGGGUAUUAUGGACGGAUGAGUGACUUUGAACUAGUCGCUCAUAUAAUAGAAAACGCUGUUGCACUGAAGCAAAUCGUGAUUGAUCCUCGCUGUCAAGGUCGGAUUGGAAAUACACCUUUAUUGAAGUUGAAGAAGAAUUUGAAGAUUGAGGAAACUGCUCGAACUUACGCCCACAGCCAGCUCAAAUCAAUAACGCCUCAGGGAGUUAAAUUGUUGAUUCUCUGACUUGCCAUUGAACUUGCAAGCAGUGUUUGUUGUUUAUGUAUGUGAAAUUCAGAUAAACUACCAUAGGGUUUUAAUUAAGAACAAGGCAUAUCUUCUUCCUUUUGUUUAAUUAUAAAUGCUUUAUUG